AUGGAUCCUUGCCCCCCACCCCCUCACCUACCUAUGUAUAAAUGUCAUGUUAUUUCGAUCAAGUUAGAGCAAAAGCAAAUUCUCUUGCAAAACAAUCCAACUUUUUCCUUUUUGAAACUGUGGUUGACGAUCGUUGCCGGAGAUAUGGCCAGUUUGCUGGACAAGGCGAAGCAAUUCGUUUCGGAUGCGGUGGCGAGCAUGGAGAAGCCGGAGGCGAGUGUGACGGAUGUCGAUCUGAAAGAAGUUAGUCUCGGUUCUGUGACUUAUCUGGCUAAGGUCAAGGUGUUAAAUCCUUACAGUGUAUCUAUUCCAAUCGGCGAGAUCCGUUACGUUCUUAAAAGUUCCGGCAGUGAGAUUGCAAGCGGAACAGUCCCGGACCCAGGUUCACUGAAAGGGGAUGGUGAGACGAUGUUAAACGUGGAUAUAAAAGUACCACAUAGUGUUUUGGUUAGCUUGGUGAAGGACAUUGGUAGAGAUUGGGAUAUCGACUAUGACCUUAAAGUCACACUCGUUGUUGAUCUCCCUCUCAUUGGUAACAUCAGCAUACCAAUCACUAGUACCGGUGAGGUCAAGCUCCCUACCCUCUCCGACUUCUUUACUUAAAUACAAUACCCUUAAAAAAUCAUAAAUAAGAUCAAUCUUGUACGUGUGAUCACACACUUUUCAAUUAUCUUAUGUAUAAGUUUUUUUUAAUUCCGAGGAUAGCUAUAUACAAACUUAUAUUUAUUAGCGAACAUCAUGUAUUUGUCACAAAAUUGCACCCUUCCUUUAAGUAA